UCCCCCGUGUGGGUCUACUGCGCGCUCUCGUAACCAUGUCGCCAUUUUGAUUCGAGAAAUAUGACUGAGUUUUUCCUGCUUUGCAUGCUAAACUUAGCCGCGCGUUUGAAUUACUUUGUUCGUAAGUACGAGUCAUACACUUUCUAUCUGAAAUGACCGGCGUUGCUGUUAAUGUCAAGUAGCGACUGGCGUUGACGAACUGUUCAUGCGGUCGUUCCCAGAGCUACAUUUGAUAACGUUAGCCAAGUUGAGCUAGCUAACAGUAGCUUGUGUUGUCGCAGACUGACCCCUUCUUCAUAACAAAUCACAAUUCGCACAUAGGCUAACGUAUUUUAGCUAGGAGCUAGUAGCUAAUAGUUAGCCGUGUAGCCAGUGACUGACUCGGUAGCAGGCUGCUGGUGAAAAACUCCACUAAGUAUCUAAAACGGGCGGAAGGGAUAGCGGUGGACUUUCAAUCAAGAAAGCUUGGCAGAUCUGAUUUUGGGUGUGCGCAAAAUUGAAGGGGCUCAACUGUGGCUCAAAGAGUUGGAGCUUCACACUUUUUUUCUUGUGUGCAUCAAGCUGCGUUGUUAUGGUGAGCCUCCCAGUGUCUCAUCUCCUAAAGAGGCCUGCAUUUUAAGAGGAGACCCAUGCUGAUAAAUGCCAGACCUCGCCAAACUGUCUGUCGUCUGUACAAAUACAAAUGCCUGCCUGCCCGAGGGGAAGGUCUGAUUAAAAAUAUCUUCAUUUCAUCCUCUGGGCUGUGUCCGUCAACCCAGCGGCCACUAUGUUUUGGAAGUUUGACCUGCACACCACCUCCCACAUUGACCAGCUGUUGGACAGGGAGGACGUGACGCUGAGGGAGUUGAUGGAAGAAGAUGACGUGCUGCAGGAGUGCAAGGCCCAAAACCGUAGACUGCUGCUCUUCCUCUCCCAAGAUCACUGCAUGCAGGAACUGGUCGGCCUCAUCACCACAGAGCCUCCCGCUGACCUGGAGGAGAGGAGUCGCUUUAAAUUUCCCAAUGUUGCUUGUGAGCUCUUGACAUCAGAUGUGUCCAUUAUGAAUGAUAAGCUUGGCGGGGACGAUUCUCUCCUCGAAAUGCUGUACCGCUUCCUGGAGCAGGAGCCACCACUUAACCCGUUACUUGCCAGCUUUUUCAGCAAAACCAUCGGCAAUCUUAUUGCUAGGAAAACUGAACAGCUGAUCACCUUUUUAACAAAGAAGGAAGGCUUCAUUGGUCUGGUGCUGAAACACAUAGACGCCUCUGCCAUGAUGGACCUGCUGCUUCGCCUCAUCAGCUGUGUAGAGCCUACCCCCUUGAGACAGGCGGUCCUUCAUUGGCUGAACGAAGAGAAGUUGGUACAGAGACUCACAGAACUCAUCCACACUGGUAAAGAUGAGGAGAGACAAUCAAAUGCAUCCCAAACGCUUUGUGAUAUCAUACGCCUUAGUCGAGACCAGGCUAAUCAGAUGCAGGAGAAUGUGGAUGCUGACCCACUAUUGGCUGUACUAGAGUCGCAGGAGAGCGUAGCGGCACUUCUUAAGAACAUGUUUGAGGGGGAGAGAAGUGAGGCCUCUAUUGUGAACGGAACUCAAGUGCUACUUACCUUGCUGGAGACCAGGAGGUCCGGGUUGGAAGGGCUGAUGGAUCUGUAUUCUCAGGGUUAUGAAAGGUCUUACACUGUCAACAGCAGUAUUUUAAAUGCCAUUGAGCCCCAUUUAAAAGACUUCCAGCAGCUUCUUCUGGAUCCCCCCAAGAAAAGUGCAAUAUUGACGACCGUUGGCGUUCUAGAGCAGCCACUGGGGAACGCCCGCCUUCACGUGGCCCGGCUGGUGGCUGCCCUGCUACAGACCAGUGCUCCUAGUAUCUGCCAGGAGCUCUGCAAUCUUGCCACCAUGGACCUACUACUGGAUCUGUUCUUUAAAUACUCCUGGAAUAAUUUUUUGCACUUCCAAGUGGAGCUGUGUGUGGCGGCUAUCCUGAACCACCCUUCUUCAGAUGAGCCGCCCAACCCAGGGCUCCAGAACCACGAUGGGGAGCCUGCAGAGUCUAACCCUGAAGUGCAGGGUGAGGCCUCGGAGACAGGUGGCAAUAGUGACCCACAGAUCUCAACUCACAAUGCCCUAGUGGCACAUCUGUUCCAAAAGUGUCGACUGGUACAGAGGAUUCUUGACGCCUGGGAGGAGAAUGACAAAAUACAGACUGAAGGUGGCACCAGGAGAGGCAACAUGGGUCAUCUGACAAGAAUUGCCAACAUGGUGGUUCAGAACCUGGAGAAAGGACCAGUACAAGCCCAGAUCAGUGACCUCAUCAAAGAGCUACCAGAAGACUGCAGAGGUCGCUGGGAGAGCUUUGUGGACGAGACCUUAAGAGAAACUAAUAGAAGAAACACGGUGGAGCUGGUAAGCACCCACAACAUCCACUCAUCCAGUGAGGAUGAUGACAUGGAGAGUCCCUUCCCCAAUGACCUGUCACUACAACAGGCCUUCUCUGAGUAUCAGAUCCAACAGAUGACGGCACACUUCGUUGAUCAGUUCGGGUUCAAUGACGAGGAGUUUAGCGAGCAUGACGAGAAUAUCAAUGCCACAUUCGACAGAAUUGCCGAAAUAAACUUCAAUCUAGAUGCUGAUGAUAACAGUGCCAAUGCAGCUGCUUUUGAAGCAUGUUGUAAAGAGAGGAUACACCAGUUUGAUGAUGCUGAAGAAGAGGAGGACAUCUGGGAGGAGAAGGAGAUCAACUAUGCAACACAAGCAAAAUCAAGAACAAGGUUUGGGGUCUCCCAAACUUCAGAAGGAAGCUCCAGAAGCAGCAUGGAGAAUGGAGGCAGGGAGAGGGACCAUGGAUCUGAAUCUGAUGAGGAGGAAGAUUCUGAGCAGAACACAUCAGACACAGGUCCAGGGUGGACAGCGAAUUUCAGGGACUCUGGGGGAACGGUAGCAUCCCAAACCCCAGAAGGGUGGGAGAGCGCAGCUGGGGGUGGAGCAGAGACACCGGAAACAGGCUGGGCCAACUUCACUGAGUUCCAGCCCUACUCUGGUACAGAGACUGAUCCCAGGUGCAGCUCUCCUGUGGACUCGGGCCGCAGCGUUGCAGAUAAACAAGCCAAACAAAACCAUGAGAAAAAUGCGGAUACUAGCGCCUCCUCUGGUGCUCAGCCAGCGGGAGAAGGCAGGAAGGCUCCUGUCUUGGCCUCUGACAGCAGCUCCUCAGGGGGCUCGGAUAGUGAGGAGGAUGAUAAGAAUGCUGGGACUCCCCCUGCCGCUGCCACCACCACUUCGGAAACAGCCGCCGCCCCUGGCAACAAUACAGCAACAAGUGAGGAGAGUCCAUUGUCUCUGGAUAAACUUUCUCUGUCAGAUCCUCCUAAAGCAUCAGAGCAGCAGUCUAGUGCUGGGGAUUCAUCUGUAAACACACAGACUGACAGGAAAGAGGAAACGCCAUCACCCCUGGAAGUGUCCGUCAACGGCCCCGUAUGAGCGCGAGCCCACGCAGAAACCCGUCAGCGGUGGUGCAGAGGACGUCUCGGCCUUCAGCAGAGGGACUCCCCCUUAAAUAACCUCACUUGCAACUAUGGUGUUUUUACUGAAUUGCUCUGCCAUGUUUUCAGUCUUGGACACUGCCAGUCGUCAACAACAACAACAACGAGGCGGAGGGACAUGUUUAAAAAAAUAUAAAAAGGAAAAAAAAAGAUUGGAGUAUAGAGGAAUCAUCAUCAAAGCCUUUCUUUCCCUGAUGUUGCACAUGAUUACGUGCAUUUUUAAUGUAGCAGCGAUCUUUGAAAUUAAUCUGAGGGGGCAACAUCAUCAUCGUUAUUUUUUUAAUGUCCUGAACGAUUUCUCUUCUACUUGCUCGAAGCUGUCGAAAGGCCGUUGUUAGAGAUUUUACAUGGUCACCCUUGAAUGGAUAGCACAGGCUAACUUUUAACAAUGCCUCAACAAUAAAUACUUGUUUUUGAAAAGUUUUUUUUUCCUUCAAGCUUAAGAGAAAGCACUUAUGCAGCCAUUUACUGUACAUUAUAGCACAAUGUAAGAGUUCUACCCUCAUCUCUGCUGGCUGUCUUAUCUGUCCGCUCGCUCAGAUUGUUCCACCCCCCUCCCCCCUUUCUUCCCUCUUUGGUUGCUGUUGAUGAAACAUUUUGUCGUACACCACCAGGUUUUUGAAUGUUCUGAAGUGCUUCAGGAGGGUCCGUCAUGGAGAAGUCUGGGACGGGUCAGUGAACAGAGUUCUAAUAGUAUUACUGUCAUUUGCUCAUGUGCAAUAAUGUCAAUUAGCCAUUUUAUUUAAAAGUAUAUUGAAAUUCCACAUUUUCUCUUUUUAAAAAAGAAAUGGCCUAGCGUUGAAGACUCAUUUGGAGUAGCUUUGAGAAAAGAAAUUUGGAUCAGAUUUUUAACUCGAGGUUUCUGGUUUAUUUUAAGAUCUUUUUAUUUUUUCUUUUAAGUGCAUGUAUAACCAGUUCUCUGUUGACCUAGCUAGUGAGCUAAGACCUUCUGAUUGUAUUGACCUUUAAGUUCCUAUUGCUAUUCCCCCCCUUAAAUCAACCAAACAUUAUCUACCUAUAUACAAAUAUUAUCUACAUUUAAAAGUAAUUUUACAAGCAAUCUUGAGAUUACUAUUGUCUGUUCCUUCUUUUACACUCUCUCUCUCUCUCUCUCUCUACCAAGCACUUCUAGGGCAUGAGUGGCAUCUGGUUAGUGACGCUUUAUAUUUUAUUUCAUUUUUUUUCCCCCAUGUCGCUUUCUCUCCCUCUCUUGUUAAUUUUUUUAUUUUAAUUUUGUUUCUCUCUGAGCAGCAGAAUUGGAAAGAGGGUAGAGUCUGGUUUCUGCAAAGCUCCGGGCUUCUUUGGUGUAUUUACUUAAUUUGACAGCGAUCAGGUUCUGCGUUCAUUGUUUAAGAAAAGGAAAAAAAAAAAAGAAAUUAAAAGUGUCUGGUUGACCACAUUAAUACCAAGAA